AUGUCCGAGAGUUCGAGGUCUCGCAUCACAAUAACCCUCGGCUGCAGUGGUCAGAUUGAUGCGAAAAUAGGUGGGAUAACUGGGGAACUUACUGAAGGUUUCUCUAUCUUCAUUGAAUGGAGGCAUCCAUCCAAGUGGACGGAGGUAUUUCUUCGUGCCUCCGUCCACAUGCCUCCAUCCAAGCGGACGGAGGCAUUUCUCCAUGCCUCCCUCCACGGAAAAAUUCCUCCGUCCAUAGUGGACGGAGGCAUGGAGAAAUUCCUCCGUCCACAGCGAUGGAGGCAUUUCUUCAUGCCUCCAUCUGGCGGUGUCUCCAUCCUGGAUGGAGUUGCUGUCAAAAAAUUAAUGAAACAAGACAUCACAGGCAAUGCACUCGCACAAUUUAAAUGCCAAGUUGAUAUCAUGUUGGGGCUGAGGCAUCCAAAUGUUGUUCUUUUCAUGGGAGCUGUAACAACUCCCCAGAAUCUGUCCAUAUUGAUCGAGUUUCUACCAAGGGGUAGUUUGUAUAAGCUGCUGCACCGUCCAAAUAUCCAAAUUGAUGAAAAAAGGCGGAUAAGAAUGUCUCUUGAUGUGGCCAAGGGAUUGAAUUACUUACACAUGAGCCAACCUAUCAUUGUGCAUUGUGAUUUGAAGACUCCAAACCUCCUUGUUGAUAAGAACUGUGUUGUUAAGGCUUGCGAGAUGUGA